CAACAAUCCCUGUUCGGGAUUCCUCGUUCUAGGGUUUCACUCGUCUCUACGGCUGUCCGCCCGGCAGACUCCCCCAUCGAAACCCGUCUCUACGGCGGACGCCCUCAAGUAGGGCCCGCCGAUCUCUCGCUCUCCCUCCUCUCCUUCAGCCGCCCCCAUCAAAGCCAUCAACGCCGCCGCCGCCUCGCGUCGAAGUCGUCGGCGUCGACUCCCUGGUCGCUUUCUGGUUGCCGCUUUGAACCGGUUGAAAAGCGGAACCAAAAAACCGUCGCACGUCGGAACCGUUGCCGGGACGGGUUCUGAUUCGUCCGCGUCGUCGGAUCGGUUUCAUCCCCACGAGUACUAGUAGCGGCCAUUAUUUCGUAUAUCCGAACUGAAGAACUCGAUCGACGAUCAGAGGCAUCGACGGCUCCAACGCUGAUCCCACACGUCAUGGACGGGAUGAACGUCCACGACGAGGAUCCAUCGGAGGUCUUUCAUGUGCUGCUGUAACUCAAGCUGAAAAUAUGGAUGCCGAAUCUAGUGCAACUUGCAGUGCUAUUGCUUACCAGCCUUAUGAGGACAUGUCUAAAACAUCAGACUUUAGCGUCAAAGAUGAUGCCAUGGAACACUAUUAUAAACAAGAGGCUAUUAGACUAGUAAACUUUACAAAAACGUUGUAUUCCUUGGAUUCUGUAGAUUUCUACAGGUGCCCGGUGGAUCUGCAUAAAGAGCUGGAGAUGAAGGGUUUGAUCCCACCUAAUUUCAUAGGAGCUGAAGAGUGUAUAAGACUAAGGUGCACCAAAUCUAAUAUCGUGCAUUACUAUGAUACAUACUACAAGUUAGUCGAAAAGCUCUGUGAUUUGGCACCAUAUAUGCAGUGGAAUCAUGAGAUUGGUAAGCAAGUUGAAUGGCUAAAGGAGAAGGGUCAUCUUACAUCUCUCUGCGAUUCUACUAUUUCUGAGUACGAGAUAUGUUUGGCCCUUGAGGACCUCCAUGGACUUUUUUUUGACAUGUACUGGCGGUUCCAUCCUUUGAUAAUUGAGGGUUACAGGGAUGAUUUAUUAAAAAUCAUCAAACGAAUGGCUGGAGCUAAGCGACAAACAGUGAAACAGACACAUGAAGAAUUUAGCAGACUACUGCCUCCCUAUGGUGAUUUCACUAACAAUUUGCUCAACAAAUGCAAGGAGACUUCUCCGGGUUACCAGCAUGUAGCAAAGCAGGUGGCUUUGCAUGGUGAAUUUGACUCGCAUUUAGAUUCAUGUGAGUCAAUACAGCAUGAUAGUUCUAUUAAUGAACUUCUUGAAGAUGAGACGGUGGUGACGAGACAGUUUUCAUUGCUAGAAAAGGAACUUGUUAAGGAAUCCUUGAAUGCCAAAAUUUACAUGCUAAAGAAAGUAGAGGAAGUUGAAUCAUAUUUUACAUGCUUGGAAAGCCUAGUGAGACGAAGACUCGAUGGGAGAGAUGAUUUUGAUAAGUUAGUGCGUGAACUUGCAAAAGAGGGCCUUUUUGAGUUUUCUAAUCUUCCCACUGAUAAACCUCUUCGAAAAAAUUGGAGCCCUGAAUUUUACGAAUUAUUAGAUAAUGCAAGGCAUUCAGCUUUCCCACAUCUUCCGGACCAUUAUGUGAUCAAUGGACUUUUGGACUAUUCGUUCUUUUUUUCCUUAAAUGACGAGCAUCACGAGUCAGAAACUGUGGAGGAUUGCUUGGCAAAAGUGGAGGAACGUUGUGACUCGAAGUGCUUUUUUCUAAGAAAGGAACUUUGGAGGACCAAAUAUUAUACGAAUCCUAUAUACGAGCAAUUUGGGGACGCACUAAAACUGAUAGACUUGCCGCAAAAAUUUGAUUGUGGACUGUAUUGCUGAUCUCUUGGAGAAGAUUUUUGUCACUUACUGUGUCGAGCUUAUCUGUCACUCUGAGCCUCCUUUGGAUUUUGAACCCGCUCUUUGGUUGCCAAGCCCUCAACAUGGUCUUUAAUGCCAUACAAAAUAAUUUGUAACUUUGUAAAAGCUGAUUCGUCUCGUUGGUUUCCGAAUUAAAUGCUAUUUGUGGAAUUAACCAUUAGAGUAGAUAGUAGAGUAUCAUUGAAGGGGAUUCUUUCUUUUGCUGUUGGAGAGGAUCCUCUCUCUUGUUGACAUAGUUGUGUGUUGUCGAUUCUCUUACGUAGUGCUUGGUUGGUUGGACAGUAAUGGGGAUGGUGGUAACGUCCCUACUAUCCAACCUCAUACUGAAGAUUUUAAUGCGCCUCCAACUGGAAUUGGACCGUC